UUACUCACUCUACUGGAAUGCGCGUAUGCGAACAGCCCGAUGGAGUCACACGCCCCGAUGCUGUCGCAAGUGACGUCGACGCUGCUGCGGCCGUCAAAAUGGGUUUCGUCGUAUGAGGACAUGGUCACCAAGAACGCGAAUACCGUGGGCCAGAUCGAGUCGGCGCUGCGGUCUCUUGUAUACAUUAUCCCUGGACGGUUUCGUGAAUCCGAGCUUCCUUCAGAAUGUGUACACUCUGGAGUGCAGUUACUAUCACUAUACCACGAUAGCCUCGUUUCGCGCGUCAUCUCCCAGCUGCCCUCUACAGCGUCUCGGCCAACGGCCUCGCCACAUGCGAGAUACACAAAGUACUGGACGACAAAGUCCCCGCAGUACCGAAAGAUCGCGCUUGCCCUGCAGAUGAUUCAAUAUACAGAGCUACUAUGGGAGAUGAUUGCCCGGCGGCGCGGAGAAAAGAUUCGGCAGCGCGUGGUUGUGCUAAUAGAGAUUGCCAAAGCAUUUUGUCGCUUGUUGCUACUACGACUAACGAAUUCGCGACCUCUUGUGCACCCGCCUCUGCCAGAGAGAGAGCAAGAUCCGCGAUCGGUCGAGCCAGAAAGGGAUAACGGUGGCGACUGGAACGGCAUGGAUACGAUUCCAAGUGAGACGCCUUCUUCUUCAGACUUGAGCUGGACAAUGCCGCGCACAGGGCUUUCGCUGCCCAGUCUCCCAGACACAAGCGAAAUCUCGGAUUAUCUCAUUUCCAAGGUCCUCACGGCCGACGACGUCAAGCCGCCCAAAUCGCUGCUCCAUCGGGUUUCCGGACAGGGUCAGCUUGCCGAAGUGCUGUAUAUCUUGCGACCAGUCAUCUUCGCGCUGGCGAUGCAACGAUGGUCGGGCAAUAAGCGAAGCUGGAGUCCCUGGUUGAUAGGAUUCGGUCUGGAAUACGGAAGUCGGCAGCUCGCAAAGCGGGAUUUGAAAGAGCGCGUCGCUGGAGGUCUGAGAGGGCUUACCGGGUUGGAGAGAGACGAGCUGCGCAAGAGAGGCUGGAAUAUGGGAUGGUGGAUGAUGCGUGGCGCUUUUUACGAGAAUAUCACCAAAUUAUGGAUCAAGGGUCUUUCCGACAAGCUCAAGGGUAAACCACUGCUGGGACUUCUCGGCGAUCUGGUUGAUGAUUAUGAAUUUUUGUGGGAGAAUUACUAUUUCUCAACUGCUACUUUGUGA